CGUAUUAAAUCCUUUUGUGAUGUUAAACUGGUUUGGGGAACACAGGAAGAGGGUCUGUGUUCAGGGCGGAGCUUUGAAGCGGAACUGGGUCAGACUUUUCAUGGAGGACUUUCUGUGGUCUUUGUGAACCGGUUCUGGUGAUGUUCGGCUGGCUGCUGCUGGAGGUUCGGCUGGUCGGAGGAGCUCCGUGGGGCUUCAGCCUGCAGGGCGGCCUGGAACACGGAGAACCGCUCCGCAUCGCCAGGGUGGAGGAGGGCGGUAAAGCGAACAGCUUGGAGCGCUCUCUGCUGGUGGGGGAUGAGAUCAUCAUCAUCAACAAUGUGGAGCUGACAGGAUUCAGACAGGAGGCCAUCGCUCUAGUCAAAGGGUCAUAAACGCUGCACCUUACCAUCCGCAGGGAGUUUGAUCCUGAAUUCAUUGAGGAGUUGACUCCUUCACCGCCAUCCCUCAGUGCUCCGCCUCCUCCCCCGCCUCCCUCAGCGCCGUCACAAUGUCCAGCAGGAGAAACCCAGCUGUGCAACAGACACACGGAGCCAGCAUCUCGUCCUCAUUCAUGGCAUUCAGUGAAGCUGAAUGAUGAUCCGCUGGAGGAAGAAGUUGUGGAGUUCUCCCAGGCACGGACGGACACGGUGGCCAACACCUGGCACCAGGGCUACCACAGCAGCGACUCCACCACCGACCUGUCGUCCGGAUUUGACCCUGCUGUAGGCUACCUGAGGAAGAGUCCGGACCAGUACAGCUCCCGGGGCAGCAUGGACAGCCUGGAUCCUCCACGAACCUAUCAGCUUCACCCUGGAGUGCAGGAUAAUCGCCAUCACCGCGGCAACAGCGGGUCCCAUCCGGCCUACUCCUCCUGCCACCAGCUAUCCUCUGCCAGGUCGUCCAACAGUAUUGACCACCUCCACAGCAAACGUGACUCCGCCUACUCUUCCUUCUCUACCAGCUCCAGUAUCCCAGAAUACCUUGCAUCAGCCCCCUCCUUCAGCCAGAAGCACUCCUACUCAUUGGAGACCGUUCCUCAGAGAAGUGGAGACACGCAUCAUUCGGAUGUUCGAUACCUCCAUAGAGCUUACGACACCCACCAGGGUGAUGAACACGAACUGAGCUCCACCUCCUCUGCACUAUUGCUAAACUGCAACUCCCACAGCAGCAGAACAGUGAGGUCGGACACGGACCAAGAUCUUCAAGGCUCAGUGGGCGGGGUCUGUUACCGCAGCAGCAGCAGCAGCCUUCCAGCUUCAAACCGGCACAGUGUUGGUCCAAUAUGGGACCCUACAGCUAGCUGCAGCUCUUAUGAGAACCUGAAGGGGGCGCCUGCUCCACCAAGGCGCACCGACAGUUACGCUGCCAUCAGGAUCCACGAGAAAAAUGAGAGACCAAACUCCUGGUCUAGUGUGGAGCAUGCUCGUGCACUGCGGUCACUGCAAAAAGGUUCUUGGCAUCACUCCAGUGGCUGUGUGUCUUCAGCUAAAGGCUCGUACGGUACUGAGGGUCAGCUCCACACAGUGGUCGAGAAGAGCCCGGAGAGCAGCCCCACCACAAAGCCACGACAGGGUGGAGGCUUCCCGCCUCUGACAUCACCUGCCGCAGGCCCCACCCCCCAAUCCGAAUGCCUCAUUCCCACCACAUGCACUUACCAACCCGAACCCUACUACCCCCAAAUGCCCAGGUCCAGCACAGGGUCCGAGGGCGAGUGCCCUGCACGGGCCACCAAGAACGGUCAUCAGCAGGUUGAUGGAGGGAUGAUGGAAGGUUUACAGGAUGGAAGGAUGUCAGCUGUGAAGAACGGACAACAAAAUAAAAUGUCAUCUUCCUUGUCUUCUAUUUCUGGUUCUGCACAACUCAGGACUCGAGUACUGGACGGAGACAGGAUCGCUCAGUGUCAGGUGCUACCUUCUCGCUCACCUGUUCAGCCUCAGGCUCUGCCCACCCAAACCUCUUCUCGCCACCACAGCGACUCAGCAGCUCUGCAGGUCCAGUACAUGGACAGGGAAGAAGAACACCCACUGAGCCGUUUGGAAAGUUCCCUGACUGGGGUUCAGCACCAUGUCGGCCCAGACAACGCUGCUACCACCAGCAGUAAUCACGACGACUGUAUCUCCAGUGAAUCCAGCCAGGGUCCAACCCGCAGCCUGUCUGUCCUGGAGAAAAUCAGUCGCUUUGAGCAGCGGGAAAGUUCUGGAAAGCACCGCACUCAAAGCAGCAGCCGCAUGAGCAGCAGGUCCAGCCAUCAGCGGAACCAGAUAAACGGGAAUGGCCGAGGUGCUCCCUGUGGUGCAGAGGACCUCAGAAACAUGCUGGAGAGAAGCAAUAGUGUGAUCAAAGCCCAGCGGACAAUGAGCUACAGAGGAAAUAGUAAUGACUCCGCGCAAUCCAGGAGUCCAGCUGAUCCCAGUUCAGCCCUUCAGAGGAGCCGGAGCACUUUCCAGCUGGACAGGUCCAAGGAGGGAGACGGGCAGAGCUACCCCUCAAGAACAGACAUCCUGGAACUUCUGGGUUCCAACCAGGAAACCUCAUUCAACAGGUCGUACAGAGACUCCCUAAAAGACGCUCAGUCUAAGGUCCUUGGCUCCACCUCCUUCAGACGGAGAGACCUCAGCUGCUCCAUCAGCCCCACGCCUCCUCACAUCGUCUCCUCAUACUCCUCCACCAGCACCCACCCACCUCCAUCUGUGUCCUCCAAGCAGCCUGCCCCAGAGAAGAAAGGUCCUAAAACUAUGCCAAAACCUCAGGCCGUAGUCAUUACACCACUGCUGCCAGUCAUGUCUCCUCAUACCCCAAAGGAGCGUCACGUAGUCAGCCCAGAUGUUCGCGGCCCGAGUCCACCAGCCCUCCCCAGUGUUCCUCCAGUCAGACCCCCUGCAACAGUGCGGAUCUGUGGCCGCAAGCGUUUGACCAUGGACCAGAAGAAGCGCUCUUACUCUGAGCCAGAAAAAAUUAAUGAAGUUGGGGUGUCCAAUGUAGAGAACACUGCCCUCUUCAGGCGUGGAGGAGAGACCAGUGUGGCCGAUCGGCGUAAAAUGUUUGAGCUGGCAGCCAGGCGCCCUGUAGGCGGGGCUUCACAGAACGCCAUAUCACGGAUGGAUCUACGCCAGCUUCAGCAGGACGCCCUGGCUGAAUAUGUGGAGAGGAAACGAGGGAUGAGUAGAGAAGACGGAGGACAGAGGAGUAUUCAGAAGGUUCCCAGCAUGUUUCUACAACCUGACAACAACACCAACAACCAUACAGACACCAUCAGCCUCUCCUCUACCACCAGCCUGCUCUCACUCCAGGACUCGGGCCCAGAUUGGAGAUGCUCUCCCACAGAGAGGCGUCUCUGCUCCACACUGCCUCCUGGAACCAGCCUGCAGAGUUCCUACCCAGACAGGGUGACGUCGCCGGCACGCCCAGGAGUGAGUGCUCCUCCUGGAUUCCAUCCUGACCUCCAGCCUCACAUCUGCAGUCCCCACCUCCUCCAGGACCUCACCGCAAAACCAGGACCAGGUCAAGCAUUAAGGACAGACCUAGAAUCCGGACCCCAGCUUGCCCAGUUCAGAGGGGAUUGCAGACUGUCUCAACAGCUCAACAGGGCUCUGCAGAGGGCCGGAUCAGGUCAUAGUUCUGGGAAAUCUGCGUCCACUGAGGAUCUCCUUGAGCGAUCGGAGGACAGACAGUUGACACCUCAACACUUCCGCUCUCGCUCAUCACCUUCUGUGGAGAGACUGGACCAGGACUUCUUCUCAGCCAAAGGUGUUGGAAUAUUUGACACUUUCAUCGCUGAACCACGUGUCUGCUCUGUGGUUCAGAACAGACCUGCAGAUGUCCAGCUUUUACGCAGAAUAGUCUCUCCUCAGUCCUCCAACCACCUAAGCACUGUGCAGCCUGCAGCGCCCUCUACAGAUCCUGGUUCCGUCCAGACUUGCACACCAAGGAGAGAUCGACAGAGGAACACGGAGCGCCAACGAGCCCACAGCACCUCCACACUGGCGGCCUCCGUGGGCUUGCCUUGCCCCCUUUCCUCAUCCGGACCUCAAGUUGAGGGCAGCGCUGAGUGGGUCGCUGAGGAGAGGCUUAGCCAAGCCAACCUGGAUUCCAUCACCUUCCCAGGAAUCCCAGUCACAAACACAGUGGAUCAUAGCGACGACAGUCCAUCUGUUAGCAGUAAUGGCGAAACAUGGAAGAAGAGCCAACUGAGCGACGCCGUGACCUCAGGAGAAAUGCAGAAUGAAGCGUUCAGAGACCGCGCGUUCAGUUUGGAGACGAGAAGGAGACCUCCAGAGAGCACAGAACCACUGCUGACAAUAAUGUCAACGCCGCCGCCGUCACCACCGCCACCACCGCCAUGUGUGCAGCCUCCAGCCUCAACAAGCGGAACAGACAGACAGAAUGACCUGUGGUCUCCUUCUCUGUCCACCUCACUGAGGAUUUCAGAGUCGAGCGUGUUCAGCUUCUUUGACCAGCAGGUGGCUCUCGAACCCUCCAUGGGUUUACUGCAGGAGGACUUAGACGAGGUCUUCCUGCAAACCCCCUCACCUCCAUCACCUCCUCCACCCAUCACGUCACCUCUUUUAAGUCCGAAACAGGAAGCAGGACAGAAGACUGUGGACAGUAGCUCCUGCCAUCAUUCACCUCCAGCAUCGCCGUCCACUUCUGUUCUUCCUGUUCCUGCAUCCAGCCGUGACUCUCCUGUGGAGCCGCAUCAAUCCACUGUCACCGCUUCUGGUUCCUCAUGUCCCCUCACCCAGAAAGUCGAGGAGAGCCACGAACUCGAGUACCAGCCGCUGCCCCACAGGGAGAAGACUUUGGAGGAGCUGCGGGUCCAGAUGCUGAGCCAGGACUUAGUGCUGCAGGAUCGCUCUCUAGCACCCCUCCUGGACCUGUGGGAAAGUAAAACAACGCUGGAUCUUAUGAAGGAGAUUUUUCCCAAAACUGUUAAAUCACCAUGGCAACAAACGGGCAGCAGCAACCUGGAUGACAGGAUCCAGGAUGGCGUCUGUGUUCCUUCGGUAGACACAGAAACUGAUCUGGAUCAGCACAACAAAGAUCUGAACACCAGAAAGGUGGAGUUGUGUAAGGCUCUGCAGGACUGCUUGAUAGCUCUGCGGCAGGAGAAGGAGGCCCUGAGUGAGGAGCAGAUCCAGCACCAGGCCUUAGGGGCGGAUGUCGACAAGCUGAUUCAGGAACACUGCAGUUCCAGCGAGCGGGACAAAUACAACAUUUUCAUUGGUGAUCUGGAGAAGAUUGUCAACUUGCUGCUGUCUCUGUGCGGCCGCCUCUCAAGAAUCGACCGAAGUCUGAACACCAUUGACCGAGACCAGCAGAACAAGGAGGCGGCAGCUGAGGAGAGGAUCUCUCUCCAUCACAAACGUGCUCAGCUUCUCUGUCAAACUGAAGAUGCUUGUGAUCUGAAGGAGAACAUGGAUCGUCGACAGCGUGUCGUCCACAGCAUUCUGUCCGGCUACCUCAGCGAACCACAGCUCUGUGACUAUCGCCGCUUUGUCAGCACCAAACCCUCACUUCUCAUUCGCCAGCGACACCUUAAUGACCUCAUACGGCAGAGGGAGGAGCAACUGACGCAGCUGCUGGAGAGUCUACCACCGGAGCUGGUGGAGGCUCACGGUUGGUCCAGACUGUGUCCAUUCAUGAGCUCCGCCCACUGCCUUCAUCCAUUUCCACCAAUUUCACAGAUGAUCCAAGGCCACGCCCACUCAGUACGCUCCACGACUGUGACGUCGCUGUGAGGUAACGGACUCGCCGCUGCUACAGAAACCACUGAAGGACAGACGAGAAUCCAAGUGACACUCAAAGCAAAAGCUGCUCUGCAUGAAGGAAAAAGGGGUGUGGCCUCCACCAGGUCUCCUUUACGACAAGAAAACUCUUCAACGUGCUUCAUUUUACACGCGUGUGACUCAGACAUGAUGUUUCAAUGUUACAGUCUCUGACCUGAGGCACAAUAAGAGAUACUAUGGUGUUUUUUUUCUAUCAUAAUUAUUUUAAAAUAAUGUAUGUAUGAAAUAUUUGUUUUCCUCACAGAAGAGACAAUGAACUAAACAUUAAAUGUGAGCUUUGAUUUCUCA